AUGCCUAGCUCGCGAGCCAUGUCGUCGUCGUCAUCACCAAGGAUGUCAAGCCUGUCAGACUCUAAUGACAGCAACGGCAUUCGCAAAAGGGUCGGCAAGGCCUGUGAUAGAUGCCGACUUAAGAAAUCAAAGUGUGAUGGAGAUUUGCCCUGCGCCCGAUGCAGUGCUGAUAAUGUUGUCUGUGUGUAUGGAGAGCGCAAGAGAACACAUGACAAAACUUAUCCCAAAGGAUAUGUUGAAUUGCUGGAACAUCAGCAAACCUCGCUGGUUUUUGGCAUCCAAGAAAUGUAUAAGUUGUUGAUUAAAGGGAAUAAGUGGCCUGGCCAACCAUUAAAUAACUCCCAUAAUGGUCAUCCGUUGACACAUGACAUACUGGAGCGACUGGGGGCGUUGAAUGUAGCAGAUGGGCCAGCCAAUGCCGGGCUGCCGAGAUUUGAAGAGGAUUUGGAGGCGAUGCAAGCUCAACUGCUACGCAAAAGUCCAGAACGGGCGCAAGUGACCCAGCCUACCGGGCGAAUGGAGCUAGCCGAACAGACAGAUACGAUGGGUCUGUUAGAUCAACCAGAGAAAAUGGACCUUGAAGAGGAACAGGGCCGAGGAGAAUCGAUGGAUUCAACUUCUGAGGGGACAUCCCCUCCUUCUCAUGCGACCGAAUCCUCCUCCCCAUCGAGUCUCCCAAGCCCGGUGCUGGAAGACACCUUUGUCAUCGACAGUUUCCCUCAGGCGCUCUCCACUUCAGAGCCCCAUCAAGGCCAUAGUCAACUGGCUGCAUCCUUACAGCAGCUAUAUUAUGCCCAGCAACAGCAACAGCAGCAAGACCAACAGACGGCAUUCAAUCCCGCAGCACUCUUUUCGGACCUAGCCACAGCACGGAGUGAAGGCAUUGUCUCACCACAGAACCUCCAACUGGGAUUUGCAGAUGCGCUGCUGACGUUUGACCAAAUGGAAUCAAUUCAAUCUCAGUAUAUCCAAAUUCCCUGA